AUGAAGUGUUGUGUUAAAAAUUGUUUAAAUGAUAAUCGGAAAGCAACAAAGAACGACGGUAUCACCUUCCAUCCAUUCCCUAAAGAGGAAAUUCUCAACAGCGCAUGGAUAGAUGCUCUCGGUAUGACAGAAUGGGAAACAAAAGAUCCAAGCAUGAUAUGUUCUGAACAUUUUACUGAAGAUUCAUUUUACAUCACAAAAUCUGGUGUAAAGAAAAUCAAAGCCGAAGCAGUGCCUUCACUAAUACUUAUAACAUCCGAUGAAUUAGACUCGGCAGCAGAUAAUAGGGUAUGCAGAAUAUGUCUAUCAAUAGAUGUCAAAAUGUUUGACAUAACAGAAGGUGGGGUCAGUACUAUGAUUGAGAGGAUCACGAGCAUACAUCUCAGUCCACACGAUAGGUUACCUAAUCGUAUAUGCUGGGAGUGUAUCGCUCGGUUGAAGAACGCGGACAGCUUCAGGGAUAAAGCUAUCAGAUGUAAUGAAUUACUCAACAAACUGGAUUUGGAUAGAACUAUAACAAUAAGAGAUGUAAAAUCAAUUAACAGGACAUACAAGAAAUUGAAAACUACCCUCAUACAGAAAAUAUAUGACACAAACGAAUACGAUUAUGAAAUUAAUGAUGACGUUAAAACAGAGAAUAAUGAUACGGAUUUUAAUGAUUAUAAUGAUAAUGAUAAUGACAUUAAUGAUAUUAAUGAUAUCAAGAACGAACCGGAAAUAAAAGAUGAGAGCAACAAUGAGAUAUUCUUCGAGGAAUAUCCGGUUUUAAAUGACAGUGAUGAAAUAACAUUAAGCGAGGUCUGUAAGAAGAAGAAAGUUAGGAAGAAGAAAGUUAAAAUUGAGAAGAGAAAAGAAGUUAAGAUUCAGAAGAAUGAUGAAAACGACAGCCCGUCUAUUACUAUGGAUAAGUACAAAAAAUCCGAUGUCAAACGUCGCAAAACCGAUAAUCUGGACGAAUCUUUAUUCACAAUAACGACCCUGACUUACGACGAACAGAUAGCUGAGAUUGAGAAGCGUCAAGAAUCGGCUUCAUACAGACACUCGCCUUAUAAAUGUGUGACGUGUUACAGAGGAUUCCUUAUUAGGGACAGAUAUGAAGCACAUGUUGUGAGGCACAGCGAGGUUGGUAUGAACGGAAUAACUAUUCGGGGUGUAGCUCGCGAACACGAGAAAUGGCACGCUGGCACCAAGUACCAAUGUCCUCACUGUCCAAGCGAGUUUGAUAAACUAACCACCUACAUGGGCCAUAUUCGUAUAAAGCACGUGUCUGACUUCGUGUGUGAGUUGUGUGGGUACACGUUCGUUAGUAAGAAGGGGGUAGACGUGCAUAAGAAGAAGAAACAUAGAGUUGUUGAUAAAAAUAUGGAACUGUCGGGUCCUUUCUGUGAGGUGUGUGACGUACGAUUUCUUUCUGAAGAGGCUCACUCCAGACAUCUGAAGCUAUCAUCGAAACACAGCAGCGAUAAUGACCCUAACCGUAUUCGGAAUGACUCUCAAAGUAUGAGCACUGAAAGGGGUCUCGCUAGAAGGAGGGAUGUACGAGAAACGGGAGACGCUUCACCUGUAACGUGCGAACAGUGCGGUCUUCAAUUACGUGAUCUCCGUCUAUACGCGCAACACUUCCGUCGCUCACACCCGGAUAAGAACCGAACUAAAUACCCGGCUAUGAAGACGCCCGCCAUGUGUGAACACUGCGGCCGGAUAUUCCAGAUUCACACCGGCCUGAAGCCGUUCAAGUGUGACACAUGUGGUAAGAGUUUCACUACAGCCGGUGAGCAGCGAGCACAUACAGAUCAUGUACACCUCAAGAAACCCUGGCCGAAGAGGGCUAGGAGCGGACAGUGGAAGUGUGUUGAGGAUUAG